CUCCCAGGGCAUCUCUUACUCUCAGCGAGAUGGGAAAGAUCACCUUCUUUGAGGACCGCAGCUUCCAGGGCCGCUGCUAUGAGUGCAGCAGCGACUGCCCCAACCUGCAGACCUACUUCAGCCGCUGCAAUUCUGUCCGCGUGGACAGUGGCUGCUGGAUGCUCUAUGAGCGCCCUAACUACCAGGGCCACCAGUACUUCCUGAGACGUGGAGAGUACCCUGACUACCAGCAGUGGAUGGGUUUCAGCGACUCCAUCCGCUCCUGCCGCCUCAUCCCCCAACACUCUGGCACUUACAGAAUGAGGAUCUACGAAAAAGAUGACUUCAGAGGACAAAUGUCAGAGAUCACAGACGACUGUCUCUCUCUUCAGGAUCGCUUCCACUUCAGUGAAAUCCACUCCCUCAAUGUGAUGGAGGGCUGCUGGGUUCUCUAUGAGAUGCCUAGCUACAGGGGACGGCAGUACCUGCUAAGGCCGGGGGAGUACAGGAGAUAUCUUGACUGGGGGGCUGCAAAUGCCAAAGUUGGUUCUUUUAGGCGAGUCAUGGAUUUUUACUGAGGCAUUUUGAGACUCUACUUUCCUCCUCUAGAGCCUAAUAAAGUAUGUAGCUUAUGAUUCUGGCA